CACCGCUGGUCUGCGUUGAUGCUAACCGAAGGAAGCGUCCGGCUCGUCCGCAUUCCUCCUCUGUCGACAGCCUAGCUGGGGCAGAGUGAGGCGCAGAGAGAAAAGGAGGCCAUUAAAGAAGGAAAGAAAGACUUCAAAUCAUCGGGUUUUUUUGUAUACCCAGCUACACCAAAGCGAAGUGGAUGUAUUAAUCAAGAAUAGACUACUCUUAACAUCGGACCGAGUGACCAAAUACGGCCCCGUGACUAAAUACCAAGCACGUCAGGAGGACUUUGGACUUCCAAGAGAAGAGCGACGUUAAACAUCAACAACAAAAACGGCCGUUUUUGGGGGGGGCGUUCUGUCUCGUUGUUAAUGUGAAGUAUAAAGUCAAGAAGCUUCGGCGAAAUAACCUCCAAUCUUUACCACCGUGGAUAGCCCGUGUGUUUUUUUUUUUAAUAACAAGAUGGCUGAUGACAGCAGCUAGCCCGUAUAACAAGGACGGCGGAGCGACGUUCCCUUUUAAUGUCCUCAUAUUUUUGUAGUCUCAUCUUGGAAUAGUUACAAACAUAUAUAAAAUGAAUUUGUCGUAUUCAAGCAACGACGGCGUUUGUGACGAAAGUGCGGUCUAAAAAUGUGUACCUGUGCUGCAAAAAUGGUGAGGUGAGUCGCUUUGCUUCCCCCCCCCCUUCGAUUUUCGUCGAGAUAAGUCGAUUAAAUAUGUUGUUGGUCGACAGCGGGGGCGAGAAAAGCCAAAUAAGGAGGACGCCGAAGUAAAAUUUUAAAACAAUAAUUGUAAUCUUUUAUGUGGGUGGGCGGAGCUUAUUCGAUCGAUGGGUGUUAAACCGAGCAACAUUCCUACGGAUCCUUAAUGCUAAAUAAAAGCUCUUUUGUUCAGCAGCUUUGAUUGGAGCCCUUGGGGGGGACAAAAGCUACAACUAUGCAGUAAAACCGCAUCCAAAGCGACGGCCCGGCUAUGAUUUUAUGAUUUCUCCAUCAAAUAAGAUUAGCAAACCCUUUUGUUAUCGAGUGGAAAGUGCCAGAGAGAGCCGCGGCCUUGUGUGUGUGUGCGAGUGUUUGGAUUAUUAUUCAUCUCAUGGAAAUGGCGUAUUCCCGUCAAAACCAAGCGGAGGCGUUAUUAAUCCGAGCCUUUUGUGGCUCCGCGGUGCGUUCAUGGCCCUUGUGAUCUUAACCGACCUGAGCCGAACCUCCUGCGCAGCUCCGUUUGGGCUUUUUUUGGGGGACAAAAAGGUGACAGUUAUAAGUUUAGAGUCAGGUUUAAAUAAAAAAGCGGUGGUGUGUUAAUCAGGGUGUGGGCGCGGGUAAAUGAAUCAAGUCCCCCCCCCCCCCUCCGGCAGCUGUCAGUACACGUGCAGGAGGUUCUGUGUACAUUUGCAUAUUGGGCUGCCCCUCGUUUGGUUAUCUGUGCCUUGUUUGGAUUCCAAGGUUUUACCUGCAGGCUGCUGCUUCCUGUCGGCCACACACACACACAAACACGCCUGUGUACGUGUGUGUCACAGUUUACAGUAAUCUUGUAACGUCAGCUUCACGCUGUGUGUGAGUGUGAGAGAGUGUGUGUGUGUGUGUGUGUUGUUCUCUGGUCAGUUUUGCGGAACUUGCUGCAGCAAUAACUAACAAGUCAGGGUGUCACCGCAGAGAUAAACGCACACUUUCAGGACUGUCAGGUUUUUUUUUUUUUUUUUUUUUCUGGGAAGAGGGGUGAGUGAGGGUGGGAGGGAGUGAGAGAGGGUGGGAUUUCUUGAGAACACACAGACUGAAGGCCCGGAGGUGUCGUUGUAUGCCUUCCUGCGUCGUCAUGGCUUCCGACAUGGCUGAGACGUGGAAGAACUGCUUCGAGGAGGAGCUCAUCUGCCCCAUCUGCCUGCACGUCUUCUCCGAGCCCAUCCAGCUGCCCUGCAAGCACAACUUCUGCCGGGCGUGCAUCAGCGAGGCUUGGGCCAAGGACUCCACGCUGGCCCGCUGCCCCGAGUGCAACCACGCAUACAGCCAGAAGCCCAGCCUGGAGAAGAACCACAAGCUAUCCAACAUUGUCGAGAAGUACAACGCGCUCAGCGUGGAAAAAGUGGCGCUGCCGCCGCCCCAGUGCAUCCUCUGCCGACGCGGCCCCCCGCUGCCCGCCGUCAAGGUGUGCCUGCGCUGCAACGCGCCGUGCUGCCAGUCGCACGUGCAGACGCACCUGCAGCAGCCGUGCUCGGCGCUCGGGCACCUGCUGGUGGAGGCCGAGGCGGUCAAGGCGUGGACGUGCCCGCAACACGACGAGUACCGGCUGUACCACUGCGAAGCCGAGCAGACGGCCGUGUGCCAAUACUGCUGCUUCGCCCGCUGCCACCCCAGCCACGGGCACGCCGUCGCCGACGUGGAGCUGCGGCGUAAUGACAUAAGACAAAGUCUACUGAGGCAGCAGGAGCGCGUGGAGGAGCGCGUACAAGAGAUCGAGGAGCAGCUAUGCAAGCUGGACUCGGACAAAUGUGUGGUCGAGGACCGUGUGCUGGAGCUGAAGGAGGAUGUGCGCGUGCAGUACCAGCGCAUGCACCAGCUCCUGGAGGAGGACCUGGGGCGCACACUCGAGGCGUUAGAGCGGGCGCAGGCGCGCUUCUGCCAGGAGAACGCCGCCCAGGUCCUGGCCCUGGGCGAGCAGCGGCACGAGGCGCACAAGCUGCUGAGCGCCAUCAACACGGCGUUCGGCAAGGCGGAGGAGCUGGGCUUCAUGAAGAAUACCAAGCCUGUCAAAAUCCUCACCGACAGGUCUCAGGCAUGCGUGGGAAGUACUCUUCCCCCCUACAAGGUUGGCAAUCUGAACGCGAAGCUUUUCCUCUCUGAGAUCUCCAGGCGGGAGAAGAGCUUGAAGAAAAUGCUGGAAGCUCCGCUCACCCCUCCCUCCACCUUCCUGCAGUCCGUCCCGGCCUUCCCGAGCGGCCAGAGCUCGUCCUCGGGAGCGGAGAAACGGAAACAUUCUGCCGCCUUCCCGGAAGGAAACUCCGGCAAGAAUGGCGCGGCAAGUUUUAAAGACGCCUCUUCUUCUUCUUCCUCCUCCUCCUCCUCCUCUUCUUCUUCGAGCAAGCAACCAUACCUAGGCGGGUCCUCCUCGUCCUCCGGCGAGGGCCAGUCCAGCAAUCAGCCGUGCGGGCCGCCUCACAUCGUCGACGCCGCAAACCACCAUUCCGGCGCCGUCUUCGGCUCCUCGCACUUCCCUCCCGGCGGCGGCGGGGGCGGCGGCACCGGGGGCUCCUCGCACUCCUCCCAGCAGGCGGUGCUGCCGCAGUACGGCGGGCGCAAGAUCCUGGUGUGCACCAUGGAUAACUGCUACUGUUCCGGGGUGCCGUCCGUGUCGGGCCACCGCGGUCACCCGCCGUACCCGCGCUCCGGCUCCUUCCCUUGGGUCAGCGCGCAGGACUACCCGCCGCCGCCCGGCCUGACCUCCGGGGGUCCGUCCAUGCAGGGCCUGGCGGUGCGCGACUGGAUCGACGCCUCGCAGUCGCACAGACACGCCGACUUCUACGGGCUGUACGGGCAGCCGUCCGCAAAGCACUACGUUACCAGUUAACACACGUAAACACGCGCGUGCACAGCCGUACGUAAUCCCCUGCUAUUCGCAAGUCAUUGGCGCCUCCCGAAUUGCGGAUAUUAAUAGUGAAACUAAUCCACCACAAACUAAAAAACAAAUAUUUUAAACUAAUUUUACACAAGAUUUAGAAAUAAACGGAUGACAGAUUAUAUGAUUGUGCGAAAAAAAACAACACUGGAAUUGGACAUGCUGCAAAGACUCUUCUUAACAACCCAGGCUAAACCUACCCACUCAAAACUAUGAUCCUAAACCAUGAUCAUUUUGAAUUCAUCUUCGAAAAAAUUCCCUUUAAAAAUGAAUGGCUUCUAGAGGAUGUGAUUUUGUUUUUAUUUUUUAAAUCUCCAAGAAGUAUGUGUGUACAUGCUCAUGUCGACUCUCCAUCGCAACCCAGGUUAAAUUUAGCUUCAACCUAUCGCCUCCCCCAACAAAAAUUCACUUUCCAACGCCUUGUCUAAUAGAAAAUUGUUGUAUUGUUUCAUUUAACGCGCUCCAUAACUUGCGCUAACGACCUAGGCUAAACUUAGCUCCUCCCUGAUGUAUAAAGCAUUUAAGAUGCAUCACAGCGUCAUACUUCCUUGGCACCAAUGUACCCCCUUUCCCGUUAGCCAAGGCUCUGUCGCCGUCUUGUUCAUAAAUAGCACAAAAAUUGCAAAUUGGAAAAUUUGUCAACGGUCAGCCGUGAAUAUCCAGGGGAUUACAGUAGACUGCUUCAAAGCCGUUAUAGCCUACACACGUUUAAAAUUACACACACGCACCUCUAGAAUACAACGUAUACACAUUCGGGGGCAGGGUCGAGCUUUUUUUUUUUUUAAUUUUUAUUUUCGGUCAGUGUUGUAAAAUGUAACAAAAAUGAAAACAGCCGUUGAAAAAAAAACGUGUUUUAAGAGACUGAAGGAAGGAGGGAGAGAGGGAGGAGGCAGAAGGGAAGUUUUGUUUUUAUUUAUACAGCAAGAGAUGCAAAUGAACUUUUUUAAUGGGCGGGGCUUAAAAAGGGGGUGGAGUCAACCCGCAAGCGUUCCCGGUUCAGCGUCUGCAGAGGUCCGUUGCCUUACGUAGUCGUCACGAACCCAACCCCCGCCCCCCACCCCCCACCCCCGCCUUUUCCCCUCAGUCGUUGCACUUGUUACCGUUUCCCAGGCUCUUCCACCAAACACCCACAAUGCACUUCGAGGACGCUUUUCCUCCCCCGCCACACGCCCUAAACUUAACGGGAAAUCUCCGUUUUUACAAGCUACUCCGGGGGAGUAAGAAGAGGGUCCGACGACGCAGAUUAACGAACUUCCUUCAGGGCGACGAUGUCACUUCCUCUCAAUGAGCACACAUUCAUACGCGUGCGCGAAAGCUCUUGGCUUCCUGAUUGCAGCUGUCAAGUGCGCAAAGGAAGAGAUUUUUUUUUUUUAAGCACUCAGACGAAGAGACAAUGUAUGCAGUUAAAAAAAAAAAAUAAGUACGACGAUAUACAUCUUUUUCUAAAAGAACGAGAAUGGACUGAUCACCCUUCUUGCGUAGAAGCCAUUUAUGACACAGGAGAGAGGACUAAACAACUUGAAAGUAUCUUUUUUUUGUAAAUAUUUUGUGAAAUGGAAAAAUGACAUGACGUGAUUUGGAGGAGGAUUCCAAAUAAAAAGGAGUUAAAAACUUU